UUGGUUCUUGCGUGGGGGUGAACUUCAAUCAUUCAAGUUUUUUAUUUGUUUUAAUACAUCUUUGUGGAAUGAAAAUUUAAUUUUGCAAACUGGUGCCUAUAGGCGUUGCCGUCUGAUUUGUGCUGUGGUAAAGGAACCGAAAAAGAUCACUUCAAACGUAAGGAAAUGAAAUUUCAAUAAUCCUAUUGCUACGCAGGAAAAAAUUACCUUUGGAACCAUGUGGAAAAUUUGCAACAUCAGCCGAAAUCAGUACUUCCUCGCUGGUCUACUGAUCGGCUUUCUGUACAGCUACUACAUGCCCCAGGACCUAACGGAAAUCGUUACCGAGUGUCCGGAAGCUACGGAGCGCGAACACCAGCUAGCGGAGGAAGCCAAGUACGGCAGCGAAUUUGAACCACAGCUCAAUCUAGAACAGAAACCAAUGACGGCCAAAAAGCAGGUUAAAAACAUUGUCCGACCCAGAUACUACUACACGGAACUGGGUAUCCGGGAGAAACUGUUCGUGGGCGUGAUGAGUACCCAGGAGAACAUUGACUCGCUGGCGACGGCCAUCAACAAGACCUCCGCCCACCUGGUCAAUAAGAUUAAAUUUUUUAUCAAUGCCGAUAAUGUGAAGGCCAAUUUUAAGCUGAAGAAUAUAGUCGGCUUUACCGACACUCGGGAAAAUUUGCGUCCCUUUCACGUACUCAAGUACAUCGCCGAUAACUAUUUGGAUGAUUAUGACUACUUUCUGCUGGUGUCGGAUACGUCCUACGUCAAUGCUCGACUGUUAAAGGAAAGGCUUUCCCAUAUCAGUAUUAGCUUUAACAUUUACAUGGGAACUCCCCAUGUUCCGAAUGAAGACGGAGAAACGCAGCAGGAUUCCCAGUAUUGUGAUCUACACGCCGGAAUCGUUCUGAGUAGCAGCGUUAUUCGUAAAGUCCGUGCCAAUUUGGACUGGUGCGUUCGAAAUGCCGUCUCCAAUCAGCACAAUCUGAACAUCGGUCGCUGUGUGAAAUACUCAACCAAAAUCGAUAGCUGCCAGACUUCCUGGCAGGGUAUCAACGUGACUAGCUACAAACUAAACAGCUACAAGAUAUAUCGCGAUCUGCACAUGAUCAAGCACGAGGAUAGCUUCAAUAAAGCUUCCGUUAUCUACCCGAUCACGACCGCGGACGAUUUCUAUCUGCUGCACGCGUACUUUUCCCGAGUGCAUCUAGAGGAAAUCAAUCAACAGAAAAACUCCAUUCAACAGGAAGCCUCCACCAUCUCCAACGGAUCGCUGUCGAACGACAUCCUCGAAGUUCGCUGGCCACUUGGAGUCCCGAAACCAAACCCACCGGAAUCACGCCACGACGUUAUCCCGUGGACUCAUCUGAAUCUAACACACUCGUUCAUGUGGAACUCGGAGGUUAACGUGCGGCGUCUAUCCACCGUCGAUGCCGAAGACAUGCAAAACAUUCUGAACAAAACCGUGCUGGAGGCGUACCGAACCCAACCGGAGCUAGAGUAUCGCAGUUUACAUUCGGCCUACCGACGAUUCGACGCCGUCCGUGGGAUGGACUAUCGGAUGCAUCUUGAGUUUUACGAUCGAAAACGGCGGCAACCGAUUCUGAAGAGUUUCGAGGUAGUUAAACCGAUCGGACUGAUCGAGAUCGUACCGUCGCCGUACGUGACGGAGAGUACGCGCAUCGCAAUUCUGUUGCCUACGUUCGAGCAUCAGGUACCGGAGGCGCUUCAAUUUAUCACCAGCUACGAGAAGGUCUGCAUGGAUAAUCAGGACAAUACGUUCUUGAUGUUGAUCUUCUUCUACCGGAUGGACACUCCCAGCAAAGGUGACGAUGACGUUUUUCUGCCGCUGAAGAACCUUGCCCUGGGUCUGACGGAUAAGCACAAACAGGACGGUUCCCGUAUUGCCUGGGUUUCCAUUCGCCUACCACCGGAACUGAGUCAACCGGUCAGUUUGAAUCACGUUUAUUCCAGUUCCUUGUACGGAACGAACCAGCUGCUCAGCUUUGCCGCUACCGAUCUGGCUCUGCGAAAAAUUGGCCUGGACAGUUUGGUCAUGAUCUGCUCGAGUGGGGCAACUUUCCGAGCGGACUUUCUAAAUCGAGUACGAAUGAAUACCAUCGCUGGUUUCCAGGUUUUUAGUCCGAUUGGAUUCAGCAUGUAUCCGUGCGGGUGGACCCGGUUGUGUAAGGAGUGCGACGGAUGUGACGUUGGCCAGAGCAGUGGGUAUUUCGAUCGAGCCAAUUACGAUGUGAUUUCGUUCUACAGUCGAGAUUACGUGGAAGCUAGGAAGAUGCUGGAACAACAGUUGCCCAUCGUUCGAAGUGAUCGAGAUAUUGGUAAUCUGGUCAAUUACACACAGGAAAGCACGUCGCCAGACGAGGGAAUUGCAAACGUGGCCGAGCUGUUUGUUAGGUCCAACAGUAAAAUUCAUGUACUACGGGGAAUCGAGCCAAAUUUGCGUUUGGGACGGUCGAUUGAGAACUAUCUGGAGAAUGAUCCGAAUGGGGACGGACUGAUGGGAUUGCACUGUGAGGAAACGAAUCCGGAACGGUGCAUCCGAAUUGCUUCUAAGAAGCAGAUCGGUGACGUUCUUGUGCAAUACGGUCAUCGUAUGCAGGGCGAGGCGCUCAAGUAGAAUUUGGCCGAACAUUUUUUCACUCCAAUACAGGUACGUAGGUAGCAUUUAGCAGAAGCAGCUGUAGCUUCAUUCUUGCCAAAUAAACUAAUUCAGUGUCUUCUGCCGAGCGAAGGUUUUAGUUAGUAGAAUCAAUAUUUUAGACUAAUUUAAGGGAAAUACAAAUUUUAUAAUCCUAAAUCUAAA